AUAAGAAGAUGACGAACUUGUUUCAACCUCUGGAAGUUGGCGCAACCAAGCUCCAGCAUAGGCUGGUGAUGGCGCCUCUCACACGAUACCGUGCCGAUGAUGACUGCGUGCCAAUGGACAUUGCGAAAGAAUACUACACUCAACGUGCGUGUGUUCCUGGCACGCUCAUUCUCAGCGAGGCGGUGCAAAUAUCUCCUCGCUGCGUCGGCCGUGACAACGCACCCGGAAUCUGGUCAGAAGCGCAGAUCGCAGCAUGGAAAGACAUCGCCGACGCGGUACAUGCGAAAGCUGUCCAACGACGGCGUGGAUCCAGAUUUAUAAGCUCGAGCGCAGUGCCGCAUUCUCCAGAGGCAGAGACGCCAGAGGAGAUGACGGAGAAGGACAUACUCGAAGUCAUUGACGACUACAGAGCUGCAGCAAAGAAUGCGAUCGAAGGAGCAGGCUUCGAUGGCGUCGAGGUCCACGGAGGCAACGGAUACCUGCCAGAUCAAUUCUUGCAGGACGUAUGCAACAAGCGGACGGAUCGCUGGGGUGGCAGCAUCGAGAAUCGGGCGAGAUUCCACAUUGAGGUGCUCAAAGCCAUCGUUGGAGAAGUCAGUGCGGACAAGACCGCAGUCCGGCUGAGUCCGUGGAGCGACUUCAUGGCGAUGGGAAUGAUCGAUCCGGUACCGACUUUCACUUACCUGGUCGAACAGCUGCGAAUCAUGAAUCUCGCCUUUCUUGAUCUGAUCGAGGCGAGAAUCCGCGGGAACGAUGAUGCGGAAUGCGGCGACGGCAAAGAUGUCGGGUUCCUCGUUCGUGUUUGGGGUGGCGUCUCUCCGGUUAUGAUCGGUGGUGGAUUCAACCUCGAGUCCGCCAAAGUGGCGGUGGAUGAGAAGUACAGUGGCUACGAGGUCGCAAUCGUCUUCGGCAGAUACUGGACCUCGAAUCCAGAUUUGGCUUUCAAGAUGUUCAAGGAGGAUGUUCCACUCGUCAAGUAUGACAGGUCGACGUUUUACACACCGAAGAAGGCGGACGGAUACAUCGACUGGGAGUUCAGCCCGGAAUUCAAAGCGACUUCAGUAAAGGUGGCGUGA